GUGGAAGUAAGAAAAUUGGGAGUGGUAAUAGAAAUAAGAAUAGCAAAUUCGUUGGUUCACAAAAACCCUAAAACGGUGGAGAGUGGGGUUUACCCUAAUCCGUAAUCAGAUUCAGACCAAAGGCAUUGACUCUUCUUCUCUGAGGCUGAGCACAGAUAGUGUUUUGGGAAUGGAGGUUGAGGUUCCAAUUCUCAGCGUCUUCGACGUACCCUCUCUUCUCCAGGCUCUUGCCGCUGACACUCUUCUUGCCGCCGCCCAAUCUUUCGCCUUGAUUGGGUAUCUGCUGACUAAUGUCACUAAUUCCGAGUGUCCAAAUUUGAUCUCAAUGGAUGGAAGGUUUCCUUUAGAGGACCUAUGUGGUAGGAAACAUGCUUAUCUAGAAAACAAGAGUGAAACAGAGGAUGAUGAAGAUGGAGAUGAUGAUGAAGAUGGACAUGACGAGGAUGAUGAUGGAGAAGAGGAAGAAUACUCAGGUGAUGAAGGUGAGGAGGAAGGGGAUCCUGAAGAUGAUGCUGAGGCUAAUGGUGCCGGAGGAAGUGAUGACGGGGAUGAAGAUGACGAUGAUGAUGAUGGUGACGAGGAAGAUGAUGAAGAAGGGGUAGAUGAAGAGGAUGAUGAGGAAGAAGAUGAAGAGGAGGAGACUCCACAGCCACCAUCUAAGAAGAGAAAGUGAGAAUUAUAUUCGCAGGAAAUUGUUUCCAGCGAAUGCAUUUAAGUGGAGCUUAGUGAUUAGGACAGAUAAAUUAGCAAUCUUCUUGAGUAGACCUAUCUUGCUUUAUUUAUAUGUCACCGAUGAUAAUUAUUAUAUUGAUAUUUCUCAUUGUUUCUA